AAAGAAUACAGUAACGUCAGCUUCCACGAUGGAUCAGGUCCAGUUUUCACGUGUGAUCCUCCACAUCCAUGAGUUCGAUUUGAACAGCAGGACAAAAGAAACCACGGUGGACAGAGCUAGCCCGUCCCCCUCCACCCUGCCGGAGUCCCCUGGUCACAACUCUCCUGGUAACGCCUUACUGCUGGAUCUGAAGAGGGUGUCUGUGUGGCUGGUCGACUGCAGGAAAACACCAGGGCAGAGUGGAACUGUGAGAGAAGGACACGAGGAGGAGGGAGAUUUGAUUUCAUCAAGGGACUCUCCUAACCGUCGCUCUCUCAGCGGGAGGGACUUAUCAUCUGGGGAGCUUCAACAACAACAUGUUGCUGACGAGGCAGAGAAGAGUGUCUCCCAAUCAGAACACCUCAAACACCAGCACAGACGUACAGGGAAGAAAUCUCACCACAGCUGCUCUGACUGUGGGAAGAGUUUCACUACACGGAGAUCCUUCAUAACUCACCUGCGUAUUCACACCGGAGAGAAGCCUUAUCACUGUGAUCAGUGUGGGAAGAGCUUUGCUCGGUCUGGACAGCUGACUACACACCGGGUAACACACACUGGAGAGAAGCCUUAUAGCUGUGGUCAGUGUGGAAAGAGCUUCAAUCAGCCAGGCAACCUGACAGCACACCAGCUAACACACACGGGAGAGAAGCCUUACAGCUGUGAUCAGUGUGGGAAGAGCUUCAAUCACUCAGGCAACCUGACAGCACACCAGGUAACACACACUGGAGAGAAGCCUUAUAGCUGUGAUCAGUGUGGGAAGAGCUUUGCUCGGUCUGGACAGCUGACUACACACCGGGUAACACACACUGGAGAGAAGCCUUAUAGCUGUGGUCAGUGUGGAAAGAGCUUCAAUCAGUCAGGCAACCUGACAGCACACCAGGUAACACACACGGGAGAGAAGCCUUACAGCUGUGAUCAGUGUGGGAAGAGCUUCAAUCACUCAGGCAACCUGACAGCACACCAGGUAACACACACGGGAGAGAAGCCUUACAGCUGUGAUCAAUGUGGGAAGAGGUUUGCUCAAGAUUCCAACCUAACUAGACACCAGGUAACACACACAGGAGAAAAGCCUUACAGCUGUGAUCAAUGUGGGAAGAGGUUUGCUCAAGCUUCCAACCUAACUAGACACCAGGUAACACACACAGGAGAAAAGCCUUACAGCUGUGAUCAAUGUGGGAAGAGUUUUGCUACAUAUUACACCUUCAAAUAUCAUCUGAGAAUUCAUACAGGGGAGAAGCCUUACCCCUGUCUUGAUUGUGGGAAACACUUUGCUAGUGCAGGAUCCCUAACCAUACACCAGAGUGUACACACAGGAGAGAAGCCUUAUAGCUGUGAUCAGUGUGGGAAGAGCUUUGCUGUAGCUUCCACCUUGAAUAAACACCAGCGCAUUCACACUGGAGAGAAGCCAUAUAGCUGUAAUCUGUGUGGAAAGAGCUUUGCUGUGGUUUCCACCUUGAAUAAACAUCAGCGCAUACACACUGGAGAGAAGCCAUAUAGCUGUGAUCAGUGUGGGAAGAGCUUUGCUCAAUCAGAUAAACUAACUAUACACCAGCGAACACACACAGGAGAGAAGCCUUAUAGCUGUGAUCAGUGUGGGAAGAGCUUUGCUCGAGCUUCCACCCUGACUAAACACCAGCGAACACACACUGGAGAGAAGCCUUAUAGCUGUGAUCAGUGUGGAAAGAGCUUUGCUGAGUCAGGGACCCUGAAUUCACACCAGCGAACACACACUAGAGAGAAACCCUAUGAGAAACCUUAUAGUUGUGAUCAGUGUGGGAAGAGCUUCAAUCAGUCAGGCAGCCUGACUACACACCAGCGUGUACACACAGGAGAGAAACCUUAUAGUUGUGAUCAGUGUGGGAAGAGCUUCAAUCAUUCAGGCAACCUGACUACACACCAGCGAACACACACAGGAGAGAAGCCUUAUAGUUGUGAUCAGUGUGGGAAGAGCUUUGCUGUAUCAGAAACACUAACUAGACACCAGCGAAUACACACUGGAGAGAAGCCUUAUAACUGUGGUCAGUGUGGAAAGAGCUUUGCUGGAGUUUCGUCCCUGACUGCACACCAGCAAACUCACACUGGAGAAAAGCCUUACAGCUGUGGUCAGUGUGGGAAGAGCUUUGCUGUAGCUUCCACCCUGAUUACACACCAGCGGACUCACACUGGAGUGAAGCCUUAUGGCUGUGAUCAGUGUGGGAAGAGCUUUGCUGCAGCUUCCGCCCUGAUUAUACACCAGCGAACACACACAGGAGAGAAACCUUAUAGCUGUGAUCAGUGUGGGAAGAGCUUCAAACAUUCAGGCAGCCUGACUACACACCAGCGAACACACACAGGAGUGAAGCCUUAUAGCUGUGAUCAGUGUGGAAAGAGCUUCAAACAUUCAGGCAACCUGACUACACACCAGCAAACACACACAGGAGAGAAGCCUUAUAGCUGUUAUCAGUGUGGGAAGAGCUUUGCUCUAGCUUCCCACCUGACUGCACACCACAGAAUACACACAGGAGAGAAGCCUUAUAGUUGUGAUCAGUGUGGAAGGGGCUUUUCUCAAUCAGUAACCCGGAAUAUACACCAGCGAACACACACAGCAGAGAAGCCUUAUAGCUGUGUUCAGUUUGGAAAGAGCUUUGCUGUAUUUUCCUCCCUGUCUACACACCAGCGAAGACACACUGGAGAGAAGCCUUAUAGCUGUGAUCAGUGUGGGAAGAGCUUUGCUGCAGGUUCCACCCUGACUAGACACAAAAACUAACUAGACACCAGCGAACACACACUGGAGAGAAACCUUAUUAGCUGUGAUCAUUGUGGAAAGAGCUUUAAUCAGUCACUGGCCCUGAAAUCACACAAGCAAACACACACUGGUGAGAAAGAAGCCUUAUAUCUGUGAUCAGUGUGAGAAGCGUUUCAGUCAGUUAUGGACCCUUUAUUCACACCAGUGAAGCUCUGUUUAUUUAGGGCCAAUGAGAAAGAAACAGAAAGCACAAACUUGCUGUAAUUAGAUAACCUGAAUUCACACCAGCGAAUACACGCUGGAGAGAAGCCUUAUAGCUGUGUUUCAUCUCCCUCCUUUCUGGCACAGUUUCCAGA